UUGGGGUGGUGUGUGUGAAGCUGUCAGAGCUGAUCCGAGCGCACAGCUGAUCCACCCGGACCGAUGCCAUGUCCUCGGGGAAGUAAUCAGGAUGGUACACAAAUGCAUUAUUAGAGGAACCUGCUGUAAUUUGGGCUUCUGAUCAACCAAACAUUUUCAGUUGAGACUCCACCCUUGUUUUUUCCAAUUUGAGGAGUUGAUAUCAUCUUAAUCACACACCAGGAAUUAUACUUCAGACUUCCAAAGUGAGUUCAUGAUAUGGACAAAAUGGAAAGUGUAGCCCAGGAGUCCAGAGCUGAACGGAUAGCUCGCUACAAAGCAGAGAGACGCCGAGAGCUGGCCGAGCGUUACGGCAGCCAGGAAGAGGAGCUUCCAUCUAACUGGUCGAGAAGAGAGAGGGAAGGACGCGGCGGCCGUGACUCUACCUAUGCGGAUAAGUCUGUUUCAGGAGGAAUGAAUGGAGGGAUGGGGAGGAAUGGACAAACGCCACUGGAAGAGAGGCCUGUUCCUGCAAAGAUCUCCAAUGGGUGUAAGGUGAACGCCUGUGGAGAGAACACACACCAAAACAGGGAAAGUUUGUUGGGCUCGUCUGGUACAGUGGCUGGGGAAAACCCUCCAGACUCCCAUGGGCCCUCAACCCCUGACACUCCUCAGUUACACACUCAUGUAUCAGUAGGCCAGCUGAAGAACGCUCUUCUACAGCAAACCUCGAGCCCAGCUCCGUCUGAUAGAGUAGCCACUGAUGAUGGCGUGGUGGCCUUGACUCUUGACCUCGCAGUUCAACCAGGUGCAGAAGGAAGUCGUCGGCGUACCCGUCGAUACAUGCCAGGGGAUUCUGCAGGGAGCCGCAAAAAUAGUGAACGCUUUCGUACUCAACCCGUAACAGCCUGCGAGAUAAAGGACAUCUGCGGAAGAAUGGACGAUGAAAAUCAAGACAACUCACAAAUGGAUGUAAAGACAGAUGACAGAGCCAAGAUGAGUGUAGCUGCCAAGAUGUCUCUGUUUAAAGAGUUGGAGAAGACAGCUUCACCUGAGGCUUCCUCAUUCCUCAAACCUCGCUCCAGUAAUAGUUUCCAUGAGUGCAGAGUUCGCCGUAACAACGAUCCUCGAGCACUCACUCAGCCAAUCACCUUUGAGGAAACAGUGAUGGCAGCGAGUCCACAGGCAGGUGAGGCUGAGCCUGAGGUGGAGGAUGAUGUUGGCACUAAACUGUCGAUGAGUGAGAAACUGGCUCUCUUCAACAAACUGUCUCAGCCCAUAUUGGGUGCUGUGGGGAGUCCCGCGAGAGACGGCAGCCCUCUAGAGGCCUCUGAGAGACGCAGACAGAAGGGUGCACGUUACCGCACACAGCCCAUCACUGUGGAUGAGGUCAAUUUGCUUCAGAAAGGGCCUGUUGAGCUUCCUCGUCUUCAUCUGGCGCCUCACCUCUCUGACCGACAGCAGGCUGAGUCCAUUAAUCUUAAGCCCACUGUAGUGCAUCUCUCUGGGCUGAGCUCUUCACAGGAGUGGGGUUCCUCCUCCGAACUCACCUCAUCACCCCAUCUGAAGCCUGCAUCAGACAGCAACUCCCAGAAUGCAGUGCAGAUUAAAGGCAUCUUGAAAAAGAGCUCUUCGGAGGGAGUGGUGUGGAGGAGUGAAAGCAGAGACCGGGAUAACCUGAACGGACACGGCCUGGAGCAGAACGGGAGGGAGAGGAGAGAGAGAGAGGUGAUAGAAGAGAGACAUAUGACACCUGUGGCUCAAUCUCCAGCUCCUCUCUCCAGCACUCCCUGGAGGCAGAGGGCAAGGAAGGAAGCCUCUGCAUCCUCUGGCAGAACACGGAGAUCUGCUCCUAAGCCUGAGUUACUUCCGUCUCUAUCAGAGGACCUCCAGAUCACUGAACAGAGCAGAGAAUCAGCCAUCAGUGACAGGCUGACAGACUCAAAAGGAGCUGAGAAAGAAGAGGAGAAGCAAAAUGCUACGGAAAGGUGCAAUAUCAGUCUAAGCAGUGCGCCACAGGAUGAGAAUGUCACUACAGCUGAGUCUAACCCCCAAACUCAAUGCUGGGAGCCUGUGUUUUCCUCUGUGUACUCUUUUUCAAGCUCCACACCUCAAUAUGUGAUGUUUUUCAAUGAGAGGAGUCUUUCUUAUGAAGCUCAGGAGGUUUGCACAACCACUCAAACCCAACCACAGGUGACAGGGAGAGUCAAGCGGUUGGUGGAGCCGGCAUCACACUCUCUUAACAGUGGCGACUGCUUUCUGCUGGUCACACCCUCACACUGCUUCCUCUGGACUGGAAAACUCUCCAACACCAUUGAGAGAGAAAAGGCGUCUGAAAUGGCCUCGGUGAUUGUGACCCAGAGGGAUCUGGGUUGUCAGGCAACAGGUGUUAUUCACCUGGAUGAAGGUGUCAAUACAGACAGCCUGCAGGCAGCAGAGUUCUGGAAACUUCUCGGGGGACAGACCCAGUAUAAAGGUCCAGACAGUGCUGAUGAUGAUGAGCACUAUGAGAGAGCCAUAUCAGAGUCAAACUGUAUUUAUAGGCUGCAGGGGGUCAGACUCAGUCCUCAUGAGCAGGGCUGGGCUGUCGUACCGGACCUCAGUCUUCUGAACUCCUCUCAGACUCUGCUGUUUGACUUCGGCAGCGAGCUCUAUUUGUGGCACGGUAAAGACGUGGGCCCCAGCGAGAGGAAACUGGCCCUUCAGCUGGCUCAGCAGGUUUGGGACGGAGCGUAUGACUACAGCAACUGCAGGAUCAACCCUCUGGAUCCCUCUGGUGGCAAUGCCCAUAUUCACAAGCAGGGUAUUGGACGACCAGACUGGGCACUUUUUGGCCGUGUGUUUGACCAAAACGAGACGAUACUGUUCAAAGAGAAGUUUACAAACUCAUUUGAACAGACAAAUGUGAACAAAAAUAACAUUGCUCCAUCCGUACAAGAGGAGGUGAAGACCCCCUCACUCAAGUCAUCUCCCCAGCCAGUGUCGGCUGAGCAGUGGUCAUGUGAUGCCAGAGCUCUCUUUGGCGGAGUCUGUCUCUCAGGGGUGUCUCAGAUUGUUCUGGAUGGUGUGGAUGUACGAAAGGGACGGGACACGGUCACUCUGAGUGAUGGCCAGCAGGCGGCGUUAUGCACCCUUGCAGUGAAAACGUGGCUUAUUUCAGAGGGUGAGGAGUGUGAGGUUUCCCCAGAGAGCUUGGGACAGUUCAUUGAGGGCAGCACGUAUGCUGUAUGCUGGACGUACAGCCUCACAGCCUUAGGAGAUCAAAUGGCAAUAGGUCAGGAACGAUCUGCUCUUUUCAUCUGGAAGGGGCGGCACUCCAAUGUCAGUGGGCGGGGCCUGUCAUCAGCACUGACCAAUCAGUGUAGUUCUCAGGUGUUUGUAACAGAAGGGGAGGAGCCGCCCUGUUUUCUGCAGUUGUUCCAGGGAGGAAUGGUCAUUUAUAGACAACAACAAAGCAGAGACACAGGAGGCUGGCAUCUGUUCUGUGUGAGGGGUGACGUCCCAGUGGAGGGCAGACUGUUGGAGGUACAGUGCUCCUGCUCCAGUCUGAGGUCUCGUGGCUCACUGAUCUUGUUGAAUAGCCAGCAGGGGGCGAUCUACCUGUGGCAUGGCUGCAAAGCCCACAGCAAAGCACGUCAGGUGGCCAAGCAGACCGUCCAACGCCUCACACAAAUGUGCCCACCUGAGCUGAGUCUGAGAACUGGCAGCUUUAUGAAUGUCCAGGAAGUGGAGGAAGGGAAAGAGCCUGCAGAUUUCUGGAAUGCUAUUGGACCACAAGACAGGAAGUCAUAUGACUGCAUGCUACAAGAUCCUGGUAAAUUUAAUUUUACCCCCCGCCUUUAUCACCUGAGUGCCCAAUCAGGAACGUUCAAAGGGGUGGAGCUUAUUAGCCCCUCCCACGUGAAUGGUGUCAUUACAGCAAUGCCCUUCCUCCAGGAUAAGUUAUAUGCUGUGCCACAUCCAGCACUGUUCCUGCUGGAUAACUAUCUGGAGGUGUAUUUAUGGCAAAGUUGUGAAUCUUCAGUCUCACAGGGCCCCCACUGGGACAAAGAGAAGAAGUGCGCCAUGGAGACUGCUUUACAGUACUGCAAAGAGAGGAAUCCUAGACGGCAUCCCAUGGCAUAUCUUAUUGAAGAAGGGGCAGAGCCUCUCACCUUUACUAAUAUAUUCCCUUCAUGGGAGAUGAGACUGACACAGGAAGUACAGGACUGCACGGUGCGUAAAAAGCUGACUUUGGUGCAGGAUGCUCUAGCUGCUCUUAAUACGACCCAGUUCCCCCUUAAGGAUCUGCUGAAGAGACCGUUACCUGAAGGAGUGGAUCCUUUACACCUGGAGAACUACCUGUCUCAGCAUGAUUUCAAGGUUGCUUUGGGAAUGACAUGGAAUAACUACAACUGUCUAUCAGAUUUACAAAAAAUGGACCUGAAGAAAAGUAAAGGGCUUUACUGAGUGUCAGCAGUGACCUACGCUCAACAGAAGCAACAUUUUAAAAGAUGUGUUUGUAAGAUGACAUGUUCUUGAUAGCACUCAUGUGUACAGUGUAACUGGGAGUGUGCUAAACAGUGAGUGUGAGUGUGUGUCCUUUCGCUCUGCUUCCUUUCAGUCUGCUGCUUUUUUUAAUGCCUGAUGUCCAGCGCUCAUUUUGGCCAAAAGCUUUCUACGCAAAGCUAGACAGAACUGUUUACUCUGACUUUGAGAAAUAGCUGUCAUGUUUUUCUUUUCUUCCUCCCCUUCCUCCAUUGCAGCUGUUUCUCCUCCCUCUUUCUUCAUCUCUCGCUGUCUGCCUCCUCUCUCUACACAAAGCAGCACGUGUGAGAGGUCUGAUUGUUUUACUGAACUUACAGAUGAAUUUAGUAAUGUUUAUUUUAAAAUAAAAAUAU